UGUGGCCCCAGCACCGGCUUUCUGCUGUGUGGCGGGUCCCUCGGGAAGUGCUGCGUCGAGGCAGGCGUUGUGUUGGUUCACAAGAUAAAUCAUGCGCGCAUCCGGAAAAAGGCUUCGAGCCCCAAUGACCACUGUUAUUUAGCAGUGAGCACAACCGCCACCGUUAUAAAUACCCUGAGCCCAUAUCUGCCUGCGGUUCCCAGGCCUGUGACACUUUCUACCCGCCCACCUGUGGCGAUAAUAACUGCUGCAGAACUGGUCUGCACCGAUAAUUUGGAACUGCAUCCAAAAGCUUCAGAGGAUCCUUGUGGCUGGGUUCAUUGGGUCAGAGAACAGCGCCAGCAGUGUAAUGGGGAUUACGCCAUGUUCGACUCGUUCCAAGCUACACAACCGUCGGACACUGCAGACCUUGAACGUUUCGUUUGCUUUGCCCAAUUUGGAGGAAAUGUCGACAAAACCACUAAAAGAAAUCAAAUAAUUUUAUUUGGAGAUGGUGGCCGUUGUCCCCUAGUUACAAAUCAGUUUAAAACUAUUUCGAACAAACUGUGCUCGAGCUGCAACAAUACAUUAUUUUGGUUAAAAAGCAAAGCUUUCCUGCUUUUCAUGUCGUGUCUCGAAACAAUUGUUAAAAGUAUUAGCAAUGUGUGUGUGACGGAGCAGGAAGAGAUGCAGAAGCCCGUCCCGUUAACAGACUAUUUUUCGCUUAUCAGUAAAGGACGUGGUGAGGGACACUUAGAGGAUCCAUGUGGAGGUGCUGAAACGUUUGGAAAGGCUGGAACAGUGCUCAAAGCGCUUACGAGCCCUGUGAUCAAAGCACGUCAGGUUGAAAAGUACCGCAACUGCAUUUAG